AUGCCUUCUCCGGCGAAGAGCGCGAUUCCGCGCCCGCUUUCGGAGCUGUCGCCGACCGAGAAGCGACGCAACUCCCCCAGCUGGAAUCAACACACCAAGAAAAUGUCACUUACAGACUCAUCGCCAUUCCAAUCGUCACCGUUGGAGGCUACCACCACGUCGCCGCGCAUGUUCUGGCAGAACCGCAGCUUCAAUUCGGAAAACAGCUUUGAUGGCCGCUCCGGCUCCCCUUCUCCCCACAGGCGGUCAUCCAUUGAGCGACUGCAAAAGGCUUCCCGCGUCAAGAACAGCAACAUUCUCGCCCUCGAACAUAAACAGGAUUACGACCCGACCAAGGUCCCCCAGAUCGAGCGCCCUUUGGCUAAGGUCCAGAGCAACAAUAUCUUUGGCAACAGCAACAGCUCCAACGGGAACCGAGUAGAGAACCAAGGCCGCCCCAUGGGCCACCAACGGAGCGAAAGCAAGACCGGCAUUCCCAUCUUGAGCCCGACGAAGGCCUCGUCACCUGGCCCCAUGAGCCCGCCUCUGCGCCCGACGACACCGAGCAAGGAUCAGCCAUCGCCUAUGAAGUCAUCAUUGUCUAGCCGGUUCAAGAGCAGCUUCGACCCUGAAACUGGCACCUGGUCCGAAGUAUCAGGCGAUGAACGCAACCUCCCUGAGGGCAAGUCUCUCCACCGCCACCAGAAGAGCGUCACCUUCGACACAGCGCCCCAGAUCAACGAGUACGAGAUGGCCACACCUGAUCUUUCCUCUAUUGGUAGCAACUCGCGGGAGGGCAGCUACGACUCCGAGGAGGAUGAGGACGAUGAGCACUACAUGAUCCAUGAUGGCGGUGACCCGGAUGACAGCUUUGACGCAUCGCUUGAGGAUACCGACAAAACCCCUGUUGUGGGCCCGGAUGAGUGGAGGCAGAACAGCCAUGAGGACCCCUUCGAUGCCGCUGUGCAGCGACCACCAAGCCGCCGCAGCGACUCGGGCGAGAGUCGCCCGCUUCCACCACUUCCUGGCAUGGGCGCGGCCAACCGGACCCUGCCUUCGCCCCCGCCUGCCCUUAGCGCCAACCAGGAGUCCCAGAACAUUGGAAACGGUCGGAUGCCGCUGGAGGAGCGUCUCCGUCUUAUGAUGCUAUCUGACGACGGCAAGUCCGCGGCUGAGAUUCAGAGGGAGCGUCGUAUGCGACGUGCCGGGCCCCGUACCGGGAGCCACACUCCUGAGCGGGAGAGCCGUAGCCCCAGCGUGCAAGCCCCUUCGGAAUAUGAGGAGGAGGACACUGUCGGGGAUAUCUCAGCCUUGGAGGAGUACCAGCUCCCCCCUCGUAUUUCUCGCGAGUCGAUUCUUCGUCGCGUCAACGGUAACAAGCAGCUGGAGCAGGAGUCGGAGUACCAGUUCUCGUCGCCUGCUGGGCCCUCAACUUCGAUGGAUGACAUGGCGUAUGACCCCGACGUGCCUAUUCCCACCACAGAAGACUCCAUCCUGGACAAUGAGUCCGAUGAUGGUAGCGUCAUCAUCACACGUGAUGUUGAAGAGCCCGACUAUGAUGGCGAUUCCAUCACCGACAUGUACCAGCACUCGGAGUCUAUGGAGUUUGAUGAAGAGGACCUGGACCAUGAGAAGAGCGGGUACGAAGACGACAGCUCUAGUCAGUACUCCAAUGAGGAGGAGCCUGAGGAGCCCGAGCUACCCAAGCUUCCGGAAGUUGAGGACGACCAGGCCCCUACACCGCGUGCGACUACCCCCGUGGAAGAGCCUCCUGCUGCCAUCGCGGAACCCGAGAACCGACCCUCGCUUGAUCUUUCCAACCGCGAUGCGGAGAGCGACUUUUCCAAGAGCUUUGACUCGGCUAUCCUCGCCAAGCCUGAGGAGCCUGAGGUUGCUCCCGAGCCCGAGAAGCCCAUCUUGCCGGCUAUCCGGACUUCCGUCGACCGCCCGUUUACGCCUGACCAACGGCUUCGCCGAUCGCUUACCAAGCCGGAGUAUGAUGGGUCGGGUUGGGGCGAGCCAGAGGAGGGUGAUGAAGCCGAGGAAGUCUCUGAUGAGGAACCUGGCACGCCUGACUCCGUUAUCCACCACCCGAUUAUCCCAACGGUUGAAGAGGAGGCAGCACGCAACUCCCCUGCGAUUCCCGAGCAGUUGGCCACUAUCAAGUCUGCAUCUGGGUCGAAGCUCAAGACCCGGCCUUCGGCGACGCCGUCGGAUUUGGCUGCGAUGCGCGAAGCCCGUCGGCAGGUCAGCCGCGAAGUGCCGCCCAUCCCCGAACGUCACCGUAACCGGAUCUCGCGCGAUAUGGAGGCCGAGAUUGGCGAGGUGACCGGUGACUUCCUCGAGCGUCAUCCUAGCUUUAAGAAACGCAGCCUGACGCUCGACCUGGACCUGGGCCUCAGCCUGGAUCAGGACUUUGACAGGGUCAUUGAAGCCCAAAAGCGCGGCUACCUAAUGCGCCAGAACACCAAGAUGGUCACGGCCAGCGACAAGGACUCCGAAGACGUCCGUGGCUCCCGAUCGGCGGGUAACUCGCCUGUCAAGGCCGCCCGGCCGCAGUCGUGGACCGUCGAGCCGUGGAGCAACGGCCAGCGGAAGCGCAGCAUCCGUAAGAGGCAGCUUACUAACGGCCCCGUGCCCCCCCUCCCUGGACAGGAGAGCAAUGCCGCGACGCUCGGCCAGGUCAACGAGGAGGACAUGGCCGUCGAGAUGGCGACCGAGGAGAGCGGCGAACGCGGCCGGCUCUUCGUCAAGGUGAUGGGCGUCAAGGAUCUCGAUUUGCCAAUUCCCAAGAAUGAACGUACUUGGUUCAGCCUUACGUUGGACAACGGUGUUCAUUGUGUGACGACCGCCUGGCUUGAACUCGCGCGCAACGCGCCCAUCGGCCAAGAGUUUGAGCUCGUCGUGCCCAAUGAUCUCGAGUUCCAGUUGACCCUGAAUGUCAAGUUGGAGAAGCCUGCCCCUUCGCCCACUAACAAGAAGGCGCUCCCCUCGCCCACCAAGACGUCGAAGCCCAAGACUUCGGCCUUCAGCCGUGUGUUUGCUUCCCCCAAGAAGCGUCGUGAGAUGGAGCAGCGCCAAAAGCAGCAGGAGGAAGAGGAGCGUCUCGCUGCGCAACGCGAGGCGCAGGCCCGGCAGAUGAUGCUCAAGGCUUCGCAGCAGCCGACUGCUUGGGAGCUGUUGAGCCCGCUGGCCGCCGAGGACGGCAGCUUCGCGCGUGCGUAUGUUUGUCUCAAGGAGCACGAGCCGCGCUGCUUUGGCCGGCCGUACCUCGUCGACGUGGCCGCCUUCAACGAGUGGGCGACCGAGGAGCCCGCGUUUGCGUCCAGCAUCAAGAGCAAGCGCGGCGGCAGCAACACCCAAAACAACACCAUCAGCAGUGCCGGCGGUGCGGGUGUGAUGCGUCGUGCCCCAUACAAGAUUGGCAAGCUGGAGCUGCAGCUACUUUUCGUCCCGCGCGCUAAGGGCGCCACCGAUGAGGACAUGCCCAAGAGCAUGAACUCGUGCAUCCGCGAGAUGAAGGCCGCCGAGGAGCGUCUCGCGCGCUGCUGGGAGGGCCACCUCUCGCAGCAAGGCGGCGACUGCCCCUACUGGCGUCGGCGCUACUUCAAGCUAGUCGGCACCAAGCUGACGGCCUACCACGAAGCCACGCGCCAGCCGCGCGCGACGAUCAACCUCGCCAACGCCAAGCGGCUCAUUGACGACAAGCGAUCGUUGAUGGAGAAGGAAACUACCGGCCGGGGCGGCCGGCGCAGACGGUCAGCCUUCGCUGAGGAGGAAGAGGGCUACAUGUUUGUCGAGGAAGGGUUCCGGAUUCGCUUUAACAAUGGCGAGGUGAUUGAUUUCUAUGCCGACUCAACGGAGGACAAGGAAGGCUGGAUGCGCGUAUUGGGCGAGGUCAUUGGACGCGAGAGCCUGGCGGGUGGCGGCUCGCUGGAGGAGUUGAAUGGGAAUUCGGUCAGUGGCAGCCGGAUGAAGGGGAAGUGGUGUGAGCUGGUGCUGAAGCGGGAGGAUACGCUCAAAAAGAGGGCUGAGGGGAGGAGGGUGCAUUCUCGUACUAAGAGUAUGUAUGUGUAA